CAACUAUGUGCAUUGCUCUCUCUCUCUUUCUGCUUUUUAAAUUUUUUGUCAGAAUCUAAAAACCUAAAGGCUUUGAUUUAUUAAGCCCAACAAAAAAAUGGGCCGAAACUUCCAAGCCCAGGUUGAAGAAGAUGAAGAAGAACAAAGCAUCCAUGGAAGCUACUCAUCCUCCACCGCAGUUGCCAUCUCUCUCUGACCUUGAAGCUCGGAUGCAAAUCCUGCGUGAGUCUGGUUUUGAAGAAAGCCAAGGAGAUGAUGAUACGUUUGCUCAACGAGCUGAAUGGUUUUACCAGAGACGACCUCUACUUCUCUCGCUUUGUCUUGACCUGUACAACGGCUACGUCACUCUCUUGGGUCGUUCUUCUCAUCAGACCAGACUUAAACCCACUACUUCUCUUCCGAACCAGCUUCUCCAAGAUGAUGAUGACUGCAUUUCAGACCUUGAUUCCGUCAGUGAGAUCAGUUCCGAAGUCGAAAGCACCUUAUCCUUUCAACAGAUGCAAGAUUCUGCUGCGGUUUCAGAGAAAGUUGAGGAGCUGGUAUCCCAACUUGUGACAGCAAGCUUGGACAAAGAGAUUCUGAAACACGAGUUACUUUACAAGGAGCAACAGUUUCAUGAAGCCUCCAAGACUAUAGAGCUGUUGAAGAAGUUUGUCAUGUUGCUGGAGAUGGAGAAGGAAGUGGCUGUGGAGGAAAACGCUAAUCUUGGCUACAAACUCACUUCUCUCUUGGAGGAAAACAGAGAGCUAGCGACUGAGGCGUUGUUCAUGAAGAACGAAGCUGUUGGGCUCGCUAGGUGUGUGCUUAAGAUGAGAGAUGACCACUUUCACAAGGUCUGCAUUCUCCAGAACCGCAUCUACUCGCUUCAGGAAUCCAGGAACUCAGAACCUGUCUCUGAUAAGGUCUCAUCCGGAUGCUUUGGCCUGGAUAAGCAUAAGACCAAAAAGAAGAAGGAGAGCAAAACCGAAGAGAAGACUGGAUUCAAGUGGUUGAACAAGCUGAACACCAUUAACCUGUUUACAAAGCGCAGCCUUAACCCAUCAGCUGCUGCUCCUUCAUGCUGCACUUUCGACAAGCCUAAUUAGCUUAAUCCUUUGGUGUAUUAGUAAACUAAGAACAAUGCAUACAUGACUAUGUAUGUUCUAUCGCCUUAUUAGGUUUCAUGCUUUUCAGUGCAUCGCCCUGAUGCACAGUUUGUUGUAUCCUGCAAACAAUCUGUGACUCCUCGAUCUACAUAUGUAUGGUUUUCAUGACUUACUUAUCUAGUAAACACAACAAUGUCAU